UCCCCAUCAUCUCCAUCCCCUGACUGUGCUGCUGAUCACCCCCCUCCCUGCAGAAGAGGAGAGAGAGAGAGAGAGAGAGAGAGAAAGAGAGAGAGACCCACACACACACACAGAGUGGGGCAGAGACGCGGAGGACCCGGCUAACCGUGCCCGUAAGACUCGGCCCUGCUGGAAUGCGAUUAUACGUACGGAUCGGCUGGGGGGGGGCAGGGAAGAGCAGGCAGACUCGCGGCGCGAGCAAGUGAGCGGUAAUCGAGCUGGCCAUCGUCUGGGAUCCUGAGGCAGAGACGACGUCCGUGUCCACAUCUCCACGCCAGAGGGAGGAGAGCGUGUGUCCUGUCUGCUAACCCACUCACCCAUGUCUGCGGCGGAGAGCCGGCGGUGUCCCGUCGUGGCCAACGGAGGCGCUAGACGUGGAUAAGGGACCGGCUCACGCCAGAGGUGAAAAACAAGACAGCCUGGCGGCCAUUGAAGACGCCGGAGGAGGGGGCCUGUGUGGGCGUUAAGAUCACCAGCACCAAAGCUCACGGCAGCAGUUAUGGCAACGCCUCCCCGGGCGGGACGGCUCUCCAGACGCCUGGGACCAAUAAGAGUCACCGCAGUGUAAAUGGGAAAAGCUCAGUAUUUCGGCCGUGUCUGCCUCACAAGCCACCAGUGCCUCCUAAGCCGCCACACCUCCAGAGCCCCGCGACAGAGUCACGCUCACCCCUGGCCCAGGUGAACUUCUUCAGACCCAGGAUGGAGGAUGGGGUGGAACGGACGGCUGCAGGCAGGGUCCGGGAGAAGUCCUCAAAGGUGUCGAACCUCAUCAGCCAAUUCGAAGAGAACAGCCACACCGAGCUGAAGGAUGCCUCCCCGCUGAAGAGCAGGGCUCCCCGAAGCAACGCGGCCCACAGGACCUCGCAGAGAGCACUGGAGUCCCGGCAGGGUGCUCCGGUUGCCCAGAGCCUCGGGCGAGAUGGAGAGAGGCAGCCGGUCAACGGGACACUGAUCCAGAUGGACAGGGCUGCCGGAAAGACGUCGCCCGUCGACGGGACGGAGGAGACAGACACCGGCACUGACAGGAUGCUCAACGGGGAUGUACUGUCAGGGCACGGCGUGAUGGAGAGGACAGAGGGAGAGGAGCAUCACGGGGGAGCCAAUCAGAAGGAACCCAGGAAGGAGUCGCCACAGGAGACCAAUGAGCAGAAGCUGUACAACAUAGCCAAUGAGCUGCUGCAGACGGAGAAGGCAUAUGUCACACGGCUUAACCUGCUGGACCGGGAGUUCUGCUGCAAAUUAAUGGAGGAGGCAGGAAAGGGCUCAUUCCCAGUGGACGUGGUUAAGCACAUCUUCUCCAACAUCUCCUCCAUCCAUCUGUUCCACAGCCAGUUCUUGCUUCCAGCCCUGGAGAAGCGCAUGAGCGAGUGGUCCACGACACCUCGGAUCGGGGACAUCCUGCAGAAGCUGACCCCAUUCCUGAAGAUGUACACGGAGUAUGUAAAGAACUUCGACAAAGCCAUGGACCUUCUCAAGAUGUGGACGGAGAAGUCAUCCCCAUUCAAGGCCAUCAUCCAGGAGAUCCAGAGCCAGGAGGUGUGUGGCAACCUUACCCUGCAGCACCACAUGCUGGAGCCUGUGCAGAGGGUCCCCAGGUAUGAGCUUCUGCUCAAGGACUACCUGAAGAAGCUCCCACCGGACGCAUCCGACCGCUGCGACGCAGAAAAGUCUUUAGAGAUCAUCGCCACGGCAGCCACGCACUCCAACACGGCCAUCCGCAAAUCCGAGAACCUGAAGAAGCUUCUAGAGAUUUAUGUGAUGCUGGGAGAGGAGGAAGACAUCGUCAACGCCACCAACGAGUUUAUUAAGGAAGGCCACAUCCUCAAGCUGGCUGCCAGGAAUACCUCGGCUAUGGAGAGGUAUCUUUUCUUGUUCAACAACAUGCUGAUCUACUGUGUGCCGAAAUUCAGCCUGAUGGGACAGAAGUAUACCGUCCGCACGCGAAUCGGCAUCGACGGCAUGGAUGUGAAGGAGACGUUUAACAAGGACUAUCCCCACACCUUCCAGGUGUCUGGCAAGGAGAGGACCUUAGAACUCCAAGCCAGCUCUGAGCAGGACAAACAGGACUGGUUACAGGCUUUCAGAGAGACCAUUGAGAUCUUCCACCAAAAGAACGAAACGUUCAAGUCUGCCUCCAAAGACACUGAUGAGGUGUCGGCGGCGGAAUUGGGCAAGCGUGCCCCCCGCUGGAUCCGUGACAAUGAGGUGACCAUGUGCAUGAAGUGCAGGGAGGUGUUCAAUGCGCUGACACGCCGGCGCCACCACUGCAGGGCCUGCGGCUUUGUCGUCUGCUGGAAGUGCUCAGACUAUAAGGCCCCUCUGGAGUACGAUGGGAGCAAGGUCAACAAAGUGUGCAAGGACUGCUACCACAUCCUGUUGGGGCACCUAGAUGGUGGGGUGCAGACAGAGGCCAAGAAGAAGGGCAUCCUGGAGAUCGAGGCAGCCCAGUUCUCAGGGAGCAGCAUCAUGUGCGGCUUCCUGCAGUACAGUGAGAAGUCCAAGCCCGGGCAGAAGAUGUGGUGUGUCAUUCCCCAGAAGGAGGCGCUGGUGCUCUACCUGUACGGGGCACCGCAGGACGUGAAAGCACAGUCUACCGUCCCUCUGCUCGGCUACACAGUGGAGGACUCGCCCCGUCCACCGGACCCCCCCACCAGUUUCCGACUUACCCAGUCCAAGUCCAUCCACAGCUUCGUCGCCGAUACAGACGAGCUGAAGCAGCGCUGGCUAAGAGUGAUCCGCGUGGCCGUGACAGGGGAGGAGCCAGAACACUCACCCCCACCCAGUAACGGAAGUGCGACCGAUGGCAUCCAUGAGGGGGGCGGAGAUGGAGUCUGAGAGCCAUGACCCCUCCAAGGACAGCCAGAUGGCAGCUGGAUCCCAUCUUAUCCACACCCUCCUUCUAAAUGCGAGGAGGGAUGCCCCCCCCCCCCGAAACCCACAUCCCUUCCUCCCACCUCCCCUGUCUGCGUUCAGCAGUGUUGUCAUGCCGUUGCCCUGGAAACAAACUCAUUAAUUUGACACAUGGACCACAGGAAAUAUCCUCCCCUUUGGCACAAUGGGGUGGGGGCCGUGGGGUGGUGGUGUCUGAGCACUCUUGCCCCACCUAAGACUGGUGCUUCUCCACUACAGUGCCUGUCUGACUGAGACAUUUGCAUCCAAUCAUGGCUUUGGUGCUGCAGCUGGAAGCUGGGAUAUGCAGCUCACAGGUUCCUGAACAGAACAGGCAUGUGUGUGUAUGUGUGUAUGUAUGUGUAUGUACGUGUUCACUGCCCGUUUUAUCGGCACGUGACCCCCUCCCACAGGAUUUGGAGAGUCCUUCCCAGGAAACGCAGAAAACAUCACGUGCAAUCCGAAGUCUCUUGUGAUGAGACACUGGAUAGGAUUCUUCCCCCCCGUCACCCCGUCUGUGGUACGCUCCUCUGCCUUACAGUCCCCUUUAUCGACAGGAGCAUGUUCCACAGCGACGUGUGAUGGGGGAGGGUUUUUUCAGAAAAAGUAUAAGGAUGCCUCUAAUCAUGUCCUGCAAAGCCAGCAUCUAAAUGUUAUGUGCAUUUUUAAAGAUUUUUUUAUUAAGAUAAAAAUAAUAACAGAGUACCUGGGGAUGAAGCUUACGAACAACCAACUGGUUUGCCAUGAAGCUGUGAGGAAUUAUGGGUAAGUUAUGACGGCACCUUUUAUAACUUGUGAAUCGGAUGUGAUUUUCAAUGAGUUAGUGCUUCUUAGUAAAAAGACACACAAGCUGGGAAGGCACAGCGACAAGUGACUGGAUCAUCAUCUCAAUCGCUGGAUCCAGUGUUUGCUGCCUAUAAUUAUUUUUAUUUGUGUAGUUGGUUGGGUCCCCCCCUCCCCACCAAACUGAAACUACAUAUAUAUGUUAUUGUAUAACCAACAUACAUGCAAGAGAAUAGGUUAUCUGAUACAUCUCUGCCUAGCCAGCUACCCUGUAAGAAAAUCUGUUUGAAAUAUGUGGAAAUGCGGGUCAUUUUACGCACAGGUUUCCAGACAUGGUUGCGACGUAUAAUAAUUCUGAUAAUAGGACGGAAGCUGCAGCCGAACGGGACACAGGCCAUCUGAUGACAGCUAUGUGAGGAAUUGAGAUGUAAAUGUUUCUAAAUACUGUAAUUAUUGUAUUAUUUAACAUAAUUUAUAGCAUACAGGCAUGAAUGGAAAAACAUAGAUGUACAUAACGUUUUAUUUCAUCCCUGCUGUUCUGCUGUAUAUCCAUAGCACCUGAGUAUUACGUUACGUUCAAUUUUUUUCAUUAUUGUCCGUUUUCCAUUGUUUGUCAUUGUCCAUUGAAACAUUUUUGUUGUAAAAGCCCCUUUUUUUAAUUAAAAGAUUUUUUUGUGGUCUGGGCUUAAGUUGGUUAUAAAUGUUUUAAUGUCCAGGGAUCCUAGAGGAUAAUGUUGUGUGUCAAAUUUUCUGUGUGUGUAUGUGAGUGAGUGAGUGAGUGAGUGAGAGAGAGAGAGAGAGAGAGAGAGAGAGAGAGAGAGAGAGAGAGAGAGAGAGAGCACGUGUGCAAAACUCCAUGUACCGGACAAUGGAUGGCCCUUUGUUAAACAGCACAACAAUCCUUUCCAUAAGAUCUGAAUGUAAAGCCAAAUUUGUAUGCACACUCAUUUUUUCCCAAAACGUCUGAAAAAAUGUACGCACUUUUUAUUUUACAAUGUAUCUUGUAAAGAAAAAAAAAGAGUGAAAAAAAUAUUAAUAAAAACAAGAUCAAAUGUCACCCGGAUAUUGAAGUCUUUUUGUAAGCAAAACCAGCACUAGGUAGGUAUCUGAACGUGUCUUUGCUGCUGCCACCUCCAGCUUCAAAGCCGACGUACACUCUCCGAAGUAAAAUUGGCUUGCUAAGUCAGUGUCCCUCCACAAGAUGGCACAUUAUGUCAACUAAUGGCUGGGUAGGUACCCAGUUUCAUGUAGAAAGAGUCGCGUCAAUGGAAUUUCAAAAUGCUUGAUCGUAGACUUCAGAUAGUUCCAGAAAGUGCUUGGUGGGCAAUUUGAAUACAGAGAAGCAGAACAGAGAGCUUUGGACAGCAUUGAUGGCAUCAGCAGCCUAGCCGGGUGCCGUGGGCCGAUCGCACUGAGCCAUGGACCAAGACGCGGACCCCCGCACCACCCUGCUCCUCUUCUACUUCCUUAAAGAGGGCAGCUCUGAUAACCAGGAGCUCCAGAUGGAGUUGACCACCCUGAAGUCCAGCCUGACGCCCUCCUGGGGGGUCCCUGUGGAGGAUGAUGAUCUGCAAUCUGAUGGACAUUUCUGCUGCAAUCCCAGGCAGUACCUGAAUGGGCUGCAACCUCAGGCACAUCCUCUGCAGCGAGGUGAGAUCAUAGAUGAGGAGGCUGUGAGACAUGUGGCAGCUGAACUUGUCCUGAUCGCUGAUCAGCUGGAGAGGACAGUUAUCUCCCAAGAUACCUUCUGGAACCUAUUCAGGAAUUUGCAGAACCGACCUCAGCAGGAUUGGAAGAUCUGCCUUUCCAAUGAGGUUGAAAGGAUGCUAUGUGGAGGUCUAACCCCAAGCCUGGAGCAACUCCCCAAAGAGCGCCUCAUACUUGCCUUAACGUUCACCUUCGUCAAGCGUGUGUGCGAGCGCUCCCCCAGGUUUCUCCAACACCUCUUCCACACAGCGCUGCAGUAUGUCCACAACUUCCCGUGACUCCACGUGCGUAGAGGAGAGGCAAGUUCUGAAGUAUCCGGGCAGAUUUUUCCACGCGCAUAAAGGGGGUUUUGAUGAUCAUCAGUUUUCUUCUUACUUUGUCAGUUUGCCAUUUCUUAUGGACCCCACCUUCAUUAAGUCUCGUUUUCAGCGGCUCUUGAAAUCGCUACUCUGCUUGAAAGUUUGCAGGCUUCCAAUUCACUACCUGCAAAUUACAGCUACCGCUUGUUUAGAUAAUGUGGUUUCAUUUUUAAUGGCCUAUCCGUGAAUGAAUAUGUAAUCAACGGGCGCUUGUUUAGCCUCAUUACAAAAAUCUGAAACAUGAGAAGGAUUUCACAACAACUAUAUUGCAAAACGUCAUCUUUGCUUCAGAUGUUUCCUGCUAUGGGAAACUGAAAAUAUGGUUCACACUCUUCUCCCUUUUUAUUUCUCUGCGUGGCUUAACGGGAUGAGCAGGCUGCCAACUAAGCCCAAUUGGGCGCAGUGAGUGGCUCAGUGGGCCAAAUCUCUGUGCCCCAGCAGAGGACGCGUGGCUGUGGGCCCUUCACCCCAAGUUCCAGGGGUGCCACAUGUUGGCUGACCCUGUGCUGUGACCCCCCCCCCCCCCCAGCUAUGGAGAGCAAGAUGGGGGAGGCAAAAAGAAACAUUCCAGUGUAUCUGUACCUAAGCAACUUGAAAAUAAAUAACUACUAUAAUGAUUUUUCACUCCA